AAGUAAGGUUUAAACUUUAAAUUAGUAGAUUAAUUAUAUCCGAAGCAUGGAUCUUUGUAUAACAUUAUUGUUGAGGUGGGUUUUGGGACUAGUGGUUUGCAUGAUGCUUGUUAUAGUGAAUGAUAGGAAUAUAGGACAUGCAUGCAGUGAGGGAGAGAGGAUUGCACUUUUGAAGUUAAAAGAUGCUAUCAAUGAUCCUAAUGGAACUGCCUUACCUACAUGGGAUAGCCACAACAAUAAUGAUUGCUGUGAUUGGGAGAGGGUCAUAUGUGACAACACCACUACAAACCCAAGGCCAGUAGUAACACAACUUGUUCUUGAUAAGAUAAGAGAUUUUGAACUCGCUAAUAAUGCAUAUUGGUCCUUAAAUGCUUCUUAUCUGCUUCCCUUCUCUGAACUUCAAGUGUUAGACUUGUCCUGGAACUAUUUGACAGGUGUAAAUGGUGUUAUCAGAUUAAACAACUUGAAAGUUCUUAGUUUAAAGGGGAACCCUUUAACUCAAGUUCCAUCUUUGGAUGAAUUGCCAGUGGUUCAGAUGUUAGAUCUAUCUUUCACAGGUCUCACCAAUUUUCAUUUUCUGCAAGAAAUUUCUACUUUAAGCAAGUUGGAGGUCCUGGAUCUUGGGAAUAAUUUACUAUCUGGAAGCCUACCAGGAUCAAUUGGAAACAUUACAUCUUUGCAAGCUCUCUCUCUUUCUAUGAAUAAUUUAGUUGGCUCUUUACCAACUCAAGGAGGCUUAUGUAAGCUCAAGAAUCUUCAGCACUUGGACCUUAGCCACAACCAGUUUGUAGGACAGAUUCCACUGUGUUUUAGCAACCUAACAUCUCUCCAUGUAUUUGAUGUUGCACAUAAUCAGUUUCAAGGAGUUUUCCCUUCUUUGUUCAUAUCUAGUCUCAAAUCACUAUCAUAUGUUUCUCUAUCUAAUAACUUUUUCCGAGGCUCCUUUAGCUUCAGUUCACUCGUCAAUCACUCUAACCUUGAAGUCUUUGAUCUGUUUAGCUACAACUCUCAAUUGAAGGUUGAAACUGAGAAUCCUCCUUUCAUACCUUUGUUUCAAUUAAAGGUCUUGCGCUUAUCGAAUUGCACGCUCAAUGAACACACCAAGGGCAUUCCUAGCUUUCUUUUAUACCAAAGUGACUUAAGAGUGAUUGAUCUUAGCUAUAACAGCAUCAUAGGAAGGUUCCCCCACUGGAUACUGAUAAAUAACUCAAGACUAGAAGUUCUUGAUCUUGGUAACAAUUUCUUGACUGGACCCCUUGAGCUCAAUUGUACUUCAAGAUAUCAAGAUAUGAAUACUUUGGAUACUUCACACAAUCCUAUCAAAAGCGAAAUUCCCAGUUGUGUUGGCACCAGCUUUCAGAAUUUAAGAGUCUUGAACAUGUCCAAAUCUGAAUUGCAUGGUGUCAUUCCAGCUUCAAUGGGACAUAUGGCCCUGCUUAUGAUAUUAGAUUUGUCAUCAAACAGUUUGUCUGGCCUAUUGCCGGCUGAGUUCUUGAAAGGUGUGAAGUCAUUGGAGUUUCUGAAGUUAUCUAAGAAUAACCUGUUUGGUCCAAUAUUGUCUUCUAAAGCCGAGUUAGGCCAAUUGCGUGUUUUGCGCCUGGACAAUAAUCGCUUCACGGGAGAGAUCUCAGAUGUGUUCAUGAAUAGUUCUCUGCUAAGAGUACUAGACAUGAGCUACAAUCAUCUCAAUGGAGAGCUACCAGGUUGGAUUGGAAGCUUUCAACAAUUGAGUUCUCUACUGUUGUCCCAGAAUAAUUUGCAGGGUGUUAUACCUCAAGAACUUUGCAAACUAAACAGGCUUACAUAUUUAGACCUGUCUAAGAACAAUUUCAAUGGAACUUUGCCAAGUUGUUUUGACAUGUCAAAGUUGAGGUACUUACAUCUGCAGGGAAAUCAGUUCUCAGGACCCAUUCCCAAUGCUUUGGCCAACUCUUCCUUGCUAUUGACAUUGGACUUGAUGAACAACAAAUUCUCAGGUGAAAUUCCAAGUUGGAUUGGCACUUUUUCAAACUUGAGAAUUCUCCUUCUAAAGGGUAACAACCUUGAAGGUUCCAUUCCCACUGUGAUGUGUCAACUAAGGCACAUAAGCAUAUUAGACCUUUCACACAAUACAUUCUCUGGGGAUAUACCUUCAUGCUUGAAUGAUGCAUCUUCAGGACUCUUGGAUCCAUUAGACAAUAUCAUAUUUGGUGAGUAUUUCAUAAUAUUCCCCAUCAAAUUCACCAAGUACAUAUCUGAAAAUCUUCUUCAUGUAGAUAAUGGCAUCGAUAUCCAAGGUCUCGUCUCGGACGAGGAACAAGAAGUGGAAUUCAUGUCAAAGAGUAGGUUAGAAUCAUACAAGGGAAACAUAUUGUACUAUAUGUCAGGAAUAGACCUCUCUUGUAACAUGUUAACAGGUGCAAUUCCUCAUCAAAUUGGAAACCUUAGUAGCAUUCAUACCUUAAACUUGUCAAAUAACCAUUUAAGUGGUCCUAUCCCAGAAACAUUUUCUAACCUCAAGCAAGUAGAAAGCUUGGAUCUUUCACAUAACAAAUUGGUUGGUCACAUUCCUUCAAAAUUAGUAGAGCUAUAUAGCUUGUCAAUAUUCUCUGUGGCUUACAAUAAUCUGUCUGGAACAACACCGGAGGCCAAAUACCAGUUUGCAACUUUUGGAGAGAGUAGUUAUGAAGGGAACCCUCUUCUUUGUGGACCUCCAUUGCAGCAUAGUUGUACUUCAAUCUCUGGUGGAGAAUCGAUAAUGCAUUCAGAUCUUCAUGCAGAGGAAAAUGAGUUCAGAGACAACUUCAUGUGGAGUUUUGCAGCAACUUUUGUUGUUUCAUUUUUAAGUGUCAUAGUCAUUGUCUACUUCAACCCUUACUUUGUAUCAAGAAAUUUUCAUGCAUGAACUGAACUUAACUGCAUGAAGAUGCACAAUAAACUACAA